GCUGAUACUUGUAACAUGGCCACUGCUCGUCCAACUGUCCAAAGGCCCAAUCGCUUUAAAAUGGUUUUCCGCUAAUGCCUAAUGGUUAACGCUCCCGUCGGUCUGGCUGAUCGACACAUCGCCACCAUUGACCGACCAUCUCUUCCCUCAUCUCCCGUAGGUCUGUCGCCGCCCGCCCGCCCGCCCGUCGCCCUCAACGGCGUAACCCUCUGCUACGUUGUCUGCUGCACCUGAACGCUUGAAAAAACUCCGGUUGCUGUCUUUCAGACUUACUACUCAGCUAGUUGCAUAUCCCAUCAAGAAUGUCUUAUUGCAGACGGCUCUGAGGACAUCACCAUCAGGUCACCACCACCAAACCUUCUUAUUGCAGGUGGCCUUGUACAUCGUGGCGGUUUAUCAUCUUCUAAGGUGCUUUUUUCGUCCAAAGCAUUCGAUCAAUCUCUCUGGUCUUAGGUGUUGAACGGUUAAACCUAUACUCCGUGUUCUCCUGUGCAACAUAUGAAUGCGAAGGUUUCAUGAUUAUUUUCUCUUUAAUCUUCAUAUGUAUUAAGGACUUAAGGUUAAUGGUGUGUUUGUAUGUUGCACUAAUAAUAGGUGUUAAGUAAUAUUAAGAUGUUUUUAAUUGGACUGAAAUUUUCUGGUAUGGUCUGAACUGGCCUGGUCCGGUAAAUGUAUGUGUAUUUUAUAACUAUCCAAGUCUGGUCUGGGACUGAAAACAAUCCAAGUAAAAAUAUCCUAUCAUUCAUAGCGUAUAUUAUCCGUUUCAGCUCAUGGUGAACUUUUUGUUCAAUGGAUGUUAUUUAGGAGUUUCUGUGAGAUUGCCAGUGGGGAAAAUAUGGCAGAAGAAAGUGGCAAAAGUUAUGCGCGAAGGGACAAGCUGUUGGAAAUAGAGUCAGAGGUUCAGAAGAUGUGGGAAGAGGGUGACGUUUUCAGGGCAGACCCCAAAGAUUCCCCUCCUUUGCCGGGUGAGAAGUUCUUUGGGAACUUUCCUUUCCCGUAUAUGAAUGGAUAUCUCCAUCUCGGACAUGCAUUUUCUCUGUCUAAACUUGAGUUUGCCGCCGCAUAUCAUAGAUUGAGGGGAGAUAAUGUGCUUUUGCCAUUUGGAUUUCACUGCACAGGGAUGCCUAUAAAAGCGUCUUCAGAUAAGCUUUUGAAUGAGAUGGAAAUGUUCGGGAAUCCACCACAGUUUCCUUUUCCACAAGAAGAAGAUGAAAAAGAUGGUGAUUUAGAAGUGAAGGGAGAGGGUGGAAAAUUCAAAGGUAAGAAGUCAAAAGCCAUUUCCAAGACAGGUGCUACUAAAUUCCAGUGGGAGAUCAUGAGGAGUUAUGGUCUGUCUGAUGAGGAGAUUGCUAAGUUUACUGAUCCGUAUCACUGGCUGUUGUUUUUCCCACCUCUCGCCGUGGAGGACUUGAAGUCAUUUGGUCUGGGUUGUGAUUGGCGUCGUUCGUUCAUCACGACUGACAUGAAUCCGUAUUUUGAUUCCUUCGUCCGGUGGCAAAUGAGGAAAUUGAUUUCAUUGGGAAAGAUUGUUAAAGACCUUAGACAUGCCAUCUAUUCUCCCAAAGAUGGGCAGCCAUGCGCGGAUCAUGACCGGGCUUCUGGGGAAGGAGUUAUUCCUCAAGAAUACACUCUUAUAAAGAUGGAGGUUAUUCCACCUUUCUCACCAAAAAUUGGUAAUGUUCUAGAAGGUAGAAAAGUUUACCUUGCUGCAGCCACAUUAAGGCCAGAGACAAUGUAUGGUCAAACAAAUGCUUGGGUAUUGCCGGAUGGAAAGUACGGUGCCUAUGAGAUCAAUGAUACAGAUGUUUUCAUCUUGACCUAUCGGGCUGCCCGAAACUUGGCAUUUCAAAGGUUGUCUCUCAAACCAGAGGAGCCAACUUUUUUGGUUGAGUUCACUGGUCAAGAUCUCAUUGGUUUGCCCCUUCGUUCUCCUUUAGCCUUCAAUGAGGUCAUAUACACUCUCCCAAUGCUCUCUGUUCUUACCGAAAAGGGUACAGGUAUAGUGACCAGUGUCCCCAGUGACUCACCUGAUGAUUACAUGGCGCUUCAUGACUUGAAGUCUAAACUGGCCUUCAGGGACAAAUUCGGUGUCAAAGAUGAAUGGGUCUUGCCCUUUGAGAUAGUCCCCAUCAUCAACCACCCAGAUUUUGGGGACAAGUCAGCUGAGAGAAUUUGCAUCGAGAAAAAAAUCAAGAGUCAGAAUGAGCGAGAAAAGCUCGACGAGGCUAAGAAAUUGAUCUACAAGGGUGGGUUUUAUGAGGGGACCAUGAUUGCAGGAGAGUUUUCUGGAAUGAGAGUUCAAGAAGCUAAAAGUCUGAUCAGAAGAAAGCUUUUGGAAAUGAAUCUCGCUGUUGUGUACAGUGAGCCUGAGAAAAAGGUGGUUUCAAGAUCCGGGGAUGAGUGCGUUGUGGCUUUGACUGACCAGUGGUAUAUCAUUUAUGGCGAACCCGAGUGGAGGAAUCAAGCUGAGGAGUGCUUAACCCGUAUGAAUCUAUACUCCGAUGAGACUCGUCAUGGUUUCGAGCACACAUUAAGCUGGCUUAACCAGUGGGCUUGUUCGCGUAAUUUUGGGCUGGGUUCCCGCAUUCCUUGGGAUGAACAGUUUUUGGUUGAAUCUUUGUCCGAUUCCACCAUUUAUAUGGCAUAUUACACUAUAUGUCAUCAUUUGCAGAAAGGAGAUAUGUAUGGCAAUGACCACUCCUCAAUCAAACCUGAGCAGUUAACGGACGAUGUUUGGGAUUUCUUGUUUUGUGGUGGUUCAUAUCCUAAUACCUGUGGUAUAUCAUCUGCUCUCCUUGAGAAGAUGAAGAGGGAAUUUGGGUAUUGGUACCCAUUUGACCUCAGAGUUUCUGGAAAAGAUCUUAUUCAAAAUCAUCUCACCUUUUGUAUCUAUAGCCAUGCUGCCAUCUUCCCUAAGCACCACUGGCCACGCGGAUUCAGGUGUAACGGACAUAUCAUGCUCAACUCCCAGAAAAUGUCAAAGUCCACCGGAAACUUCCGGACUCUCCGCGAGGCCAUCAAAGAGUUUUCAGCAGACGCCACACGAUUCUCACUCGCCGAUGCGGGUGACGGAAUGGACGAUGCAAACUUUGUCUUCGAGACGGCCAAUGCCGCAAUCUUACGUCUUACGAAAGAAAUUGCUUGGAUGAAGGAUGUUCUUGCUGAUGAAGAUUCAUCUUUUAGAAGACGUGAAUCAGGACCGCCCACAUUUGCUGAUCAGGUGUUUGACAAUGAAAUGAACAUUGCAGUGAAAACAACAGAAAAGAGCUACAGCAAUUAUUUGUUUAGGGAAGCUUUGAAGACAGGUUUCUAUGAUCUUCAAGCUGCCAGGGAUGAAUACCGACUUUCAUGCGGUUCGGCAGGAAUGAAUCUUGAUCUGUUAUUGAGGUUCAUGGACGUUCAAACCCGGCUCAUUGCUCCAAUCUGCCCUCAUUACGCCGAACAUGUAUGGAAGGAGCUUUUGAAGAAAGACGGGUUUUGCGUGAAAUCUGGAUGGCCGAAAGCGGAAUUGCCCAACCUAACCCUCAAAAUGGCAAACACAUAUUUGCAAGAUUCGAUCAUAUCAAUGAGGAAGCUCCUGCAGAAGCAGUUGUCUGGCGGCUCGAAGAAAAAUGCGAACCCCGUCCAUAAAAAUAAACCCAUGGUUGGUUUGAUAUAUGUUAAUGAGGAAUACGAUGGAUGGAAAAUGGAAUGUUUGAACAUACUGAGGAGGAAAUUCAACAUUGAUUCUCGCACAUUUGCACCUGAUAAAGAAAUCCUGUCAGAAUUACAGCAAUGUGAGGUUGCAAAAAAGGGCGAUUUCAAGAAAAUACAGAUGAAAUGCAUGCCUUUCCUUAGAUUCAAGAAGGACGAGGUUAUGACAGUAGGGGUUGGGGCGUUGGAUCUAAGACUUCCCUUUGGCGAGAUUGAGGUCCUCAAGACUAACUCAGGCUUGAUAAAAAGACAACUUGGGCUAGAAACAAUAGAGAUAUUGUCUGCCUCGAACCCAAGUGAUGUUGAAAGGGCUGGAUCUCAUGCAUCGCUUUUGACUCAAAAUCCUCCGUCACCAGGCAUUCCGACUGCAAUCUUCCUCAACCAGUGAAUUAUGUUGUACUCUACUGGUUUGAGCCGGAAAUUUUCUGGUGACUUUUUUCUUAUCCUUCCCAAGUGUUUUCCAUCUAUAGGUGGUAGUGAUAUGUCAAAUUUGAAGUUAUAAGUUAUACAUGGAAUGGUACAACUGGGCUCCGUAGGGACUUCCUACAUGUAAUGCCGGUUUUAGUCCGCAUUUGAUUUUUUAAUGCAUAUAAUCUAAAUAGAAUGGAGACUGGAGAGUACUUACAAUCAUGUGACGCUAUUGGGUAUGGGAACUUGAGAUUAUAAUUUGUCCUAAUGCUUUUAUUCUACUUUUUAGACACAUUAAAUAGGCAAU